AUGUCUGAUGCGAAAUCAGACAAAGAGUCUAUUCACACCAUGGAGUCGGUCCAAAGCAAGCAAAAAUGGAGGAACAGGCUCAAGGUCAAGAACAUCUUUGAAAAGAUUGAAGAUAGACCUACUCCUCCUCAAGUCUACAACUACAGAGUCUACUUGACUGCAGUCAUGGCUUCAGCUGCGGCUAUCAUCAUCGGUUACGACAGUGGGUUUAUUGGUGGAACAGUGGCCCUCGACUCGUUUAGAAAAGAAUUUGGUUUAGAUGUUGCUCCCAAUGAAGCUUACAUCACCUCCAACGUUAUCUCGGUCUUUCACGUUGGCUGCUUCUUUGGUGCUUUAUUCUCGUAUCCAGGCUCGUACUAUUUUGGAAGAAGGAUCCCUUUGAUUGCCGCUGCGUUGUUGAUUACAGUCGGUUCAGGCAUCAUGCUUGCUGCCAAAGACUCAGUUGGACUUGGACCCAUCUACGCUGGUAGGGUGUUAGCAGGACUAGCUGUUGGAUGCUCAACGAACUUGACAGUUGUUUACAUCUCCGAAAUAUCGCCACCAGCAAUCAGGGGCCAGUUGACAGCAAGUUACGAAAUUGGAUGGCGAGUUGGGGAUCUAGUUGGAUUUUGGAUCAAUUACGCAGUUGACACAACAGUUACACUGGGGAGAAAACAAUGGAUGAUACCAUUUGCAAUUCAAUUGAUCCCAAGUGGGUUGUUUUUACUCGGAAGUGUAUUCAUGAAAGAAAGUCCCAGGUGGCUAAUGCAAGUUGGGAAAUACGAACAAGCAGUCAAGAAUUUAACAUGGUUUAGACAACUACCAGAGACUGAUGAGUAUAUCAUUUACGAAAUCAAUCAGUGUAAAGAAAGCAUUGAGGAGCAAAAGCGCAAGGUUGGUUUGGGAAUCAUGGACCCAUUCUAUGAGGUGGUGUUUCACAAUAGAAACUUGUUACACCGUCUAUUCAUCACAGUUAUGUUGUUCCAGUUUUGCAAUUUCAUGGGUAUCCAAGCUAUCAACUACUACUCACCAAAGUUGUUCAGUGGAUUGGGUGUAAAAGGUGUCAACGCAUCCUUGUUCUCAACAGGAAUGUUUGGUGUUGUCAAGUUUUUCUGCACUUUUUUCUACAUCUUGGUGCUUGUGGAUACUGUUGGCAGGAGACUUUCGUUUAUGGUAUCGUCGGGGUUGUGCUCGAUAUGCUUUUGGUACAUUGGUGCGUACUUGAAGGUUAAUGACCCUACAAAACCAGGAGUCCUGGCUGGUCCAGGAGGUAAAGCUGCCAUCGGAAUGAUGUACAUCUGGAUUGCGUCGUUCAUUUCUGCAUGGUCGGGUGGACCUUUCGUUGUUGGUAGUGAAGUCUUUGAUCAAAACAUUAGGUCUUUUGUGCAAGCAAUCAACGCUGCAUCUUCAUGGGUGGCCAUAUUUGUCAUGUCUAGAUGGACCCAAACAAUGAUCAAGAGCAUGUCCUAUGGAAUAUAUUUCUUCUUUGCUUCGUUAGCUUUGUUGUCUAUUCCGUUUGUUUACUUUCUUUUACCGGAAACAAAGGGUAUUGCGUUGGAAGACAUGGACAAGCUUUUUAACAGAAAUAUUCCAGCUAGAAAAGCACACAAGAUCGUAUUGAAUAGUGUCAAGAACGAGAACGAAGAGAUCUUCCUUGAGAACCACCAACAUGGCUUGUUCAAGAUGGAUACAAACAAGCCAGAGACUGAGAAUUCAUACAACAUGUCAAACGGCCACCACUUUGACGAGUCAUCUGACAAUGACCAAGAGUCCAUUCUUGAGUUUGAGAGAUUGGAGUCCACUUUACCUCCAGCAUUGAAAAGAUCAGCUUCCUCAUUGUUGGAAGCAAUUCAAUCGACACCAACUCCGGGAUUCCAAAGCAACCCUCACAUUCAACAGGACCACCUGAUUAGAUCUCCACAACCGCAGCAUCCAAGGGAAUUGGUCACACCCUCAGGAACACCUGGCUAUCAGACAAUCCCCGGCAGAAGCACCGCAGCAACACCUAAUUUGAAAAAUGCUAGUCAUAGACAAACCAUUAUCAACAGGUUGUCCAAGUCAGAGAAUGGAAGAGAAGCCUCCCCCAUUCCAUUGCCCAAACCAAAGUUUGAUGAAAACAUCUUCAAGCCAGCUAUGAAUUCGAAAAACUCAUCCACCGGUGUACUUUGGGCCACUGAGAGGGCAGCAGAAUAUGGGUACGAUUCGGAGCAUGUUGGAGAGUGGGCAAACUUGGGUCAGGGUGCCCCAGAGCAUGGAGACACUGUUCCAGGAUCCUUCCCUAGACCAAAGACUAUCAAUGUACCAGACUGCUCCAGGGAAUAUGCACCAACUGCCGGUAUCAAGGAAUUGAGAGAAGCUGUGGCCAACUACUACAAUGAAACAUACAGAAGCAAAAAGUCCAGCAAGUACACAUACAAGAAUGUGUGUAUUGUGCCAGGAGGUAGAGCUGGAUUGACCAGAAUCGCAUCGAUUAUCAGCGAUUGCUACUUGUCAUUCUUUUUACCAGAUUAUACAGCCUACGCUGAAAUGUUGUCAUUGUUUAAAAACUUUUCACCAAUCCCCGUCCCACUAAAGGAAGCUGACAAUUAUGAAAUUCACUUGAAGAUGAUCAAGGAGGAAUUGACAAGAGGUGUUAGUGCUUUAUUGACUUCGAAUCCCAGAAACCCGACUGGGCAUUGUAUGAAGGCUGAACAAUUGCAUCAACUUCAUAACAUGUGUCGUGAAAAGUGUUUGUUGAUUAUGGAUGAGUUUUAUUCACAUUACUAUUACGACAGUGGGUGUGAUGGAUCGUCAAUCAGUUCCGCUGAGUUUGUCGAAGACGUGAAUCGUGACCCGGUUUUGAUUUUGAAUGGGUUGACAAAGGCAUUUAGAUUGCCCGGAUGGAGAAUCUGUUGGAUCUUGGGACCUGAAGACUACAUCAGUGCCUUAUCGUCAGCUGGUUCCUUCUUGGAUGGGGGCUCAAAUGCACCCUUCCAAUACGUGGCAAUCGAUUUCUUGAAACCCCUCAAGGUCAAACAAGAGAUGAGAGCUUUGCAAUUGCACUUUAAGAUGAAAAGAGACUAUAUCAUUGAAAGAUUGUCCAAGAUGGGAUUCAAGUUUAAUGAAAAGAAUACACCAAACUCAACAUUUUAUCUCUGGCUUAAUUUGUCUCACUUGCCGGGAAAGCUUAGCAACUGUUUGGGCUUCUUUCACGAGUGCUUGCACGAAAGAGUCAUUGUUGUUCCAGGAUUUUUCUUUUUGAUAAAUCCACAGAAUUUGAGCCAUUUAGAGGAGGUCAUUUGGUAUAACUACGUGAGGAUCAGUUAUGGACCUGAGAUGCACCACUUGGUGAAUGUCAUACGAUACAAAUACCUCACUGGCUACUCAAAGGAUCUAGAUAAGAAAAAGACACCUAAAGGCUCUUCCUCCACAAGAAGUCUGAACAUCGAGAAACCACAAAAGUCAGCAAGCCUCUUUGUCGAGAAGCGAAAGGAGGAGAAAUCAAGUAACUACCUCGACGAAUUUCUUGCGGCGAUCAAAGUGUUUGGGUAUUUGGACAAGGCGGUGUUUCACGAAUUGACAAAAAGCAUGACUACACAAAAAUUGUCGAGUGAAGAGGUGUUGUGUCUUGAUGAAGAGAUCGGGUUUCUGAUUGUUGUUGAAGGAACUGCUCAAGUAUAUACCAAAAUAUCGAAGCGAAGUCUGUUGACGGACCACGGAAUCAAGGGCAGUACGGGGAAUGAUGACGGAAUUCCGGAUUUUGAUGACUACCAGGAAAACGGGGACUUUUUCAAGCUUGGAGACCAAACGUAUCAGCUCCUUAAUGAAGUCAAAAGCGGUGCCCCAUUAAGUUCGUUAAUAUCAACAUUGGAGCUUUUCAAACCAUCCAAGAGAAAUCCCAUCUUAUCACCAAAUGGGCCCGUACUAACACCAAACGGAGACUCGAGAAAUGGUGUCGCGUUGAACCUUGACUACUUGGGAAAACCGGCGGAUGCCAUAAAAUCCAGGGACGAGGAGGAUGACUUUGAGAGCAAAGUUUAUUCCAACAUUAUUGUUCGCCCAAAAAGAAGGAAACACACAGACACCAUGACAAUUGCCAUAAUUCCACAUUCAGCUUUUGAGCGGGUGCAAAUGAAGUAUCCUAAGGCAACGUCGCAUAUCGUGAUGAUGGUGUUGACGAGAUUGUACAAAGUCACCAUGAAUACAAUUCACAAUUAUCUAGGGUUGACGGGAGAAAUAUUCAAAGUUGAAGUUGAACUAAACAAGUCGACGAAUUUGGGGUUGCCCAGUUACUUGGUGGAUGGGCUCGUUGAGAGGUUGAAGCUGGGCAGCAACAGUUCCAAGAAACGUUCCAAGCAACAUAAGCGGAGCCCUCUCGAGAGAACGUCCUCACGAUAUGUUUUGCUUAACUCCAAGGUGAAAAGUAACAAUCCGGGUGAUUUGUUGUCAUCAGUGCCGAUAUCUCGAGACGAUCCAAAUCAAAGGGGUUUUAAAUCGUCGUACACGGUGUUGGCUGACGAGAGUAAGCGAUUCAACUUUACUGACAAUAUUGAAGAAACGGAAGAAAAUUCAUUGAGAGUUGCGAUUAUUGAAAACAUUUUCAACUUUGUUGGUAUCGACAGCGAAACCAACAAUGUGUAUGAACUGAACCCCUUCCUGAGCUUGAAUUCAUCCGCCAAUAGUUCUGCGUUAGGGCUCAACAGUUUCUCGAGUGGCUCUACGCCAAACCCGAUGUACCACAAUGUGUUGAAGUUUGAUCACAAUGAAAAUUUGAUGAAUACCAUCAAUUUGAAUCAGCUUAAUAAAAAAAUGUCGCCACCAACCAGUAGGCCAGCAUUGCAAAAAGCUCUCAAGAAAAGAGUUGUGCCCAGCGAGAUGAAUAUCAAAGACGCUUUUGCAAAAGUGUUGGAGUUGAAGUAUAUUGAACCAGACACAACUGUUGUGCAACAAGACUCGACAUCGUGUGGCUUGUUUUAUGUCAUUGAUGGAUCGUUGGAAGUACACUACAAGGACUCGGAAAAGUAUGGACAGCACACAAAUUCAAAAUACAUCUAUUCGGUCAGCCCUGGAGGAGUUGCCGGGUACUUAUCAUGCGUGGUGGGAUUUCGUUCGCUUGUUUCAAUCAAAACGCCCAAGAGGUCAGGAGCGGUAGUUGCAUUUAUUGCCAAGAACGACUAUAACAAAUUGCUUGACAUGUUUUACUUUUUGCAAUUACCAGUCGCUAUCAAGUUGAAAAACCUUUUGCCAAAAGAAAUCUUGACGAUUGAUUAUGCGCUUGAAUGGUGUCACAUUCCUGCCGGAAAUGUCUUGUGCUCGCAGGGCGAUUUGGCAAAUGGUUUCCACGUCGUACUCAGUGGCCGCUUUAGAGUAGUUAAAGCAAACAAAAAGAAAGGAUCAGAGAACGAGGAAGUGGAAGUGUUGGGUGAAUAUGGCCACGGUGAAUCCAUCGGCGAGGUUGAGGUAUUGACCGCUUCAAGAAGGACAAACUCGCUCAUUGCAGUGAGAGACUCGGAAACAGCUCGAAUCCCCAGAACUUUAUUUGAGCUUCUCUCAUUUCAGAAUCCAGCAAUAAUGGUCAAAGUUUCACGUUUGGUGGCGGCAAAAGUACUCUCCUCUGAGAAGAAUAUCGUUCAAUCAGCGCACAAUUUUGUUACAUCGUCUAGCAGUGAAAACUUUAUUUCUGCCGAUUACAAAACAAUCACCAUUCUUCCUACAGUAUCAGGAUUACCAGUGAGAGAAUUUGCCGAUAAAUUAGUGCAUGCGUUGAAAGCUAUUGGUCGAAACGUUAUCGCUUUGGAUCAAGCGCUGACUUUGACGCAUUUAGGCAGACAUGCGUUCGAUGAGAGCUUGGCACGGUUGAAAUUGUCAGGCUACUUUGCUUACUUGGAAGAAGAAUAUGAAACUAUUGUAUACGUUUGCGACACACCAGUCCAGUCGCGUUGGACGUCAACUUGUAUAUCGCAGGGAGAUUGCAUUUUGUUGUUAGCUGACGCAGAUGAUGAGUCUACAGCCAUGUCAAUUGGGGAGUAUGAACAGUUGUUAAUAAAGUUGAAAACAACGGCAAGAACCGAUUUGUGUUUGAUCCACCCUGACAAGUACGUUGUUUCUGGAUCCACAAGCCAGUGGUUGAAGAAUAGGGUAUGGGUGCAAGGCCAUCACCAUGUUCAAAUGACCAUGGAAAAACACAAUGAAUCAUUGGGGCCUAGUAAGAAAUCAUUCAUUAGCGAUUUGGCAGCUAGAUUUUCCCAAAACAAUUUGAUCAUUUCCAAAUUUGAAGAAGCAACCACCAGGGCUAUAAAGAGGAUUCGUAGAGAUCAGCAUGAGGACAUUACAUUAAAGUCACACAAGAAUGACUUUUUACGUCUCGCAAGAAUCUUGUCGAACGAAGCUGUUGGGCUAGUGUUGGGGGGUGGUGGAUCAAGAGGCAUUGCACAUGUUGGUGUUGUUACAGCGUUGGAAAGACACGGUAUCCCUGUUGAUUUAAUUGGUGGGACCUCUAUAGGUUCCUUUGUUGGAGGAUUGUACGCUAGGGAUUACAACAUUGUCUCAAUUUAUGGUCGAGCAAAGAAAUUUUCAAAGAGAGUUGCAUCAUUAUGGAGAAUGGCACUCGAUUUGACUUACCCAGUGACUUCGUACAUCACCGGUUACGAAUUCAAUAGAGGAAUAUGGAAAGUGUUUGGGUUUGUUGAGAUUGAAGAUUUUUGGGUCAAGUAUUUUUGCAAUUCAACAAACAUAACAAACUCAACAAUGGAUAUCCACGAGUCUGGCUAUGCCUGGAGGUUUAUCAGAGCAUCCAUGUCCUUGGCGGGAUUACUUCCACCUAUAGCCUUCAAGGGAUGCAUGCUUUUGGAUGGUGGGUACUUGGACAAUUUGCCCGUGAUGGAAAUGAAACGACGUGGAGCCAAACAUAUAAUUGCUGUGGAUGUAGGUUCAGCUGACGAUAGAACGCCAAUGAACUACGGUGACACAUUGAGUGGGUUCUGGGUUCUUUUCAAUAAGUGGAAUCCAUUUUCAAAACAUCCCAAUGUACCCAACAUGAUGGAUAUACAAAUGAGAUUGACAUAUGUUGCUAGUGUCAAUGCUUUAGAGGAGGCAAAGAGAGCACCGGGAGUUUAUUACUUACGACCACCUAUUGACAACUAUGCCACGUUGGAUUUUGGCAAGUUUGACGAGAUUUAUCAAGUUGGGCUAGGAUAUGCCGACAAGGUGUUCACCGAAUGGGAAAGUAAAAAGCAAUUGCCCGAGAUUGCUGGGUUUGUCAAUCAAGAUAAGAUGAAGGAUUUUGGAGAGAAAAAGAUCAUGUAUAGAAGAAACUCAAUCUAG